AUGGAUGACUUAAACCAAACCUCAUCGCCUGCGUCAGGUCUGCCCCUGGCCUUCCAUGGGACUGCAAUCCAUUCUCGCAGCCUCACAGAACUGGAAAUUCUCGAAAAGUGCCUGAUUCUGGUGGAUGAGUCGGGAACGAUCCAAGCCCUAGAGCGAAAUGUCGAGGACAGCCAAAUCUAUGGGAUCCUCGCGGAUCAUGGUUAUGCGCCCGAGGUCUUCCCCGUGAAGCGCCUGCGUCGGGGUCAGUUCCUCUGCCCCGGCUUUGUCGAUACGCACAACCACGCGCCUCAAUGGACGCAACGCGGCGUGGGCCGCGGCCAAUCUCUCAUCGACUGGUUAAAUCAAGUCACUUUCGCCCACGAGGCAAAAUUUGCCGACGUAGAGUAUGCUCGCCGUACGUAUGCUGCCUGCGUCGACGGGUUUCUGCAGCAAGGUAUUACCACCGCAUCGUACUACGGAUCUCACCACGGCGAGGCGACGAGGAUUCUGGUCGACACCUGUUACGAGAAGGGCCAGCGUGCUCUGGUCGGCAAAUGUAACAUGAAUCGUAAUGCGCCCGACUGGUACCGGGAUGCUUCAAUCGACGACUCGUUGGACGCGACACGCGCGUUCAUUCAAUACGUCCACAAUCGGGACCCUGAAAGCAGACUGGUGAGACCAGUCAUUACCCCCCGUUUCGCCAUUUCAUGCGAUGCCGAGCUGCUGUCGGGACUGGGCUCCAUCGCCCGCGAGAAUCCCAAAGUGCCAAUUCAGACCCACUUCAACGAGGAAGAGCAAGAGAUCACCUUUACGCGAGAACUGUUUCCCCAGUUCAGCACCGAAGCCGAGCUCUAUGGUCAUUAUGGAUUACUCAAUGACCAAACUAUCUUGGCGCAUUGCAUCUAUCUUCAAGAAAAAGAAAUGGACCUACUUCGCCAGGUUCGUUGCGGUGUCGCCCAUUGUCCCAUCGCCAACACGACCAUGCGAGACUUUAUGAUCGCUCCCAUCCGAGAAUACCUACGACAAGGCAUUAAGGUUGGUCUCGGAACAGACAGUGGUGGUGGGCAUUCCUCGUCCAUGCUGGAAGCGAUGAAGCAAGCAUUCGUGGUAUCUCUUGCUCAAAAGACGCGCACAAAUGGUCGAGACCAACCCUUAACCCUCGCGGAGGGCUUCUACCUGGCGACGCACGGAGGUGCACAGGUCUGUGGUUUAGGAGAGAAGAUUGGCAAUUUCGACAAGGGUAAAGAAUUCGAUGCUCUGGAGGUGCACAUGGUUGAUCUGGCCGUUCGGGGGGUCAACUCACCUAUUGAAGACGGCGAUUCGGCAUUUACAAUUUUCGAGAAAUUCCUAAUGACGGGUGAUGAUCGCAACAUUGUGAAAGUGUUUGUCCGAGGACGCUCGGUCAAGGUGUGA